UGUGGCCAUUGGAUAUUCAGUCGUUUUCUGCACCACUUGUCCAACCGGGCGAGAUAAAUUGAACGUACCCAGUCUCCCCGAUGGGGGAGGAGUUGCGCUCAACAGCUGGCAAGCCUGCUUUGAUGAUUUUUGACAAAGCUACCUCCCCACGGAGAUACACGAAACACCGUCGGUUCCCUCAGAAAAGACACACACUAAUUGUCCAAUUCAAAGAAGAAAAACGAACAAGGGGGACUUAACUGUCAAAAUAUUCAAAACGAAUAUAUACUGACCCGUUGGUAUUUUUCGUGAGAAACACAGGAGAGAUUUGCCUCGUUUAAAGAUGCCUUUUUGACAGAGCUGUUGCUGCUAUAGGCGCUCGAGACGAGAGUGAGGUGAAACGAAAGUUGGGAGCAAAAAACGAAUCUUUCCAAAAGGGAAACGACUGGACACGUCGCCUCUCCACUCACUCCCUUUCCUCGCCUUCAAGUCACAAACACGUCGGCUGAGAUGCGGCUGCCAGUUACCUGGAGUUAAAUGCUAGUCCAUGAGAGGAGAGUGCGAGUUUGGCCAAGGACGAGGAGAAAGAAGAAGAGGGCUAUUUCCUGAAACAGAGGGACCGAGGGACAGAGCAGGGAGAGGACAUGUCUUUUUGGGUCAUACUACCUGUUAGUCUGCCUUCCUUGACCAUCACUGGAAUAUGGGUUGUGUACGUCAUGGCCCUGUACAACCAGCACGUCUGCCCUGUGGAUAACUGGUUAUAUAACCAGUCGUGUGACAAGGAGCUGUACCUACAGAGUGGACCAACGUUGUGCUGUACUCUAGACAAUGUUCCACUCAUCAGUAAAUGUGGGACUCUUCCUCCAGAAAGCUGCUUCUUCAGCCUCAUCUGCAGCGCUGGAUCCUUCAUGGUGAUGGUGAUAGUAUUCCUACGUUAUGCCCAUGUGAUAGAGAAGUAUCAGAACUGUGUGUUGAACACAGCGGGCCUAACCACCGGCUGGAUCUGUGCUGCAGGACUCAUCAUGAUUGGCAACUUCCAGGUGGACAAUGCUAAGAUCCUCCACUAUGUGGGUGCAGGGGUAGCGUUCCCCACCAGUAUGCUGUUUGUGUGUCUUCAGUCGGCUCUAACCUACAGGCUGGCCAAGACUCAGGGAGAAUACAGCCUGGCUCACCUACGACUGGGCAUGACACUACUGGCCUUCAUCACCCUGGUGCUUACUGGCGUGUUCUUUAUCCAGGAGAGCUUCGUCCUGCAGCACGCGUCGGCCAUCUUUGAGUGGGUAUUCUGCAUCAUCAUCAUGCUCUUCUACGGAACCUUUGCCUUCGAGUUCACCGGCGUCACAGGAGAUACUGUGAUGGUGCUAGCCAGAGGGGGAGCCCUGGGGCCCAACAGGAGAGGCCACAAAGUGGAGUCCCUAGGAGGUCCCAUUCCACACCCCCCUGAGUCCAUGUCAAUGCUGUAGUCCCUGGGAGAGAAGCCAGAGAGCUUGCCUGUACCAUUAUUAAUCUGGGGGAGGUGGAGGGACUUCUGAGUAUCCAUUGCCAAAACACCACCAUUGCAUGGUGUGAAGUCGACUAUGCCAAUGCCACGUAAUCCCGGGGGAGUGGAGUAGACACUAUGGGGCAGAUGGGAGUUGGUACUGUUCCCCUGUCCCAGCCUCAAAAGACAAUGCUUGUGUUUGCACGUCACUAAAGGAACCAAAUCCUCUUUUCCAUUUCUUUCAUUCCCCCUUUUUCCAGCCAAAGGAGGAGUUGUGCUUUACAGGAAGUUUUCCCUGCUGCUGUCUGACGUCACUGUCGUCUGGACGCAGGUUAAGAGAGGAGGGCAGGCCACCAGACGGCCAGAGAGAGAGAGCGAGAGGCUAUAUCAUGAGAAAGAGAGGCUGAAGGAAAACUAGAGGAAUGCAUUAGAGAAAAGAGAUACUGGCUGUGUGGGAGAGCUAGGCCUGUGUAAUGUUAGAUUUGCACAUGAAAUCUCUUUAUUUUCAGAGACCGUUUAGUGAGCAGACAGCAGACCCCCAGUUCUAGAGUCCAAACAACAAGGCAAAAAGCUGCCGUCAUUUGUUCUUUAAAACGCACAAUAACAAUACCAUGACACCCGGGUCUCACAUAGCUCCCAAUAUGCCAAAUGGAAUAUUUAAAAUGGUUAAGUUGACUCUCCUCACAUGUAGUGAAAGACUAGCUAAAACGAAUGUGUUCAUGACAUGGAUGCUUUUCUGAUUAACAGUAUCUUGGUCAUUGAAACCCGGGUUUAAACCUGGGAAUAUCUGGCUGCCAGAAUUACCUUAUUUUUCUACUGAAGCUAUGUAAACAUGCCUUAUAAAGCUGGACAUUGUAAUGCAGACUACAAAUAUCUGUUUUUUUCCCUCAUGGUUAUUAGAUAAACUUGAGUAUAUGGGAAGCCAAACCUCCAAUAGUAUUUUAUAUGUAAUGUCCAAAACAUUUGUAUUUUAAACUUUUAAACUGUAAACCAGCUAAUACAAGCCAGAGCUGUGCCUGGGCUGAUCGAAUUAAAUCACAGAAAAUCUGAAAAAGUCUGAAAAAUAGAGAAUCUAUUUAUAGUCAAAGAAACAAUGAGUGGACACGCCUUCUCUAUUUCAGAGCUCCCUUUUUUCUAUUUGUCAGCCUGCGUGUCAAUCUGUUUCUGCUUCAGACAGCUUGUUACCGUCCCAGACGGCGUGUUACCGUCUCAGUCAACUUGUCAGUUGUUUUGCAAGGGUACAAUGUAUUGUUGAACGCUGAAACUACAGAACAGUCCUACACCCGGGUUAUCUUCUUGGCUUUGGCUUUCUGUUCCUUUAGCUUAUCCUGGCAUAGGGACAAAAGGGAACGGGAUGGAGCUUCUACUUGCUGCUGUUCUUCCAUAGAAUGUAGAAAACCAUCCGUAUCCAUUCUCCUGCCUGGAACUACACUGUGCCAAACUAUCCUCCUGCAUUUCAGAGCUUGUGCUAAGAGAUCUUAUUAUGCAAAUCUGUCUCCACUGUUUCAAAGCUGCCACAUUAGCUAUGAUAAUGAAUAAUAAAUUGGUGGUGCUUA